AUGUCCGACCCGCUUUCGUUAACUGGCACUGCCGUGGGUAUUGUGUCUCUGGGCCUUCAGUGCACACAGUACCUAGUCAACUUUUACACGACAGUCAAAAGCCAACACUCGACCAUAACCCAAACAGUCAACAAGCUAGAUCAUCUAUCGCACACUUUGGAAUCACUUGAGUCCUUAUUGGGUAACAAAUCUUCGGCCGACCAGCUGAAAUUUGAGACCGCGAUUCAAGAGGCUGUUGAUAACUGCACAGAAUACAUCUACGAGCUCCGAGAUGAGGUUGAAAAGUUCAAGAAGUUCGAAGACGGCAAAAAUGGAAUCCGAAAUACUCUCAAAGCGACUAGUCGCCGCUUGCAAUAUCCAUUCCGACAGAGCACUUUGCAAAAGCUCGGCGAAGAUGUCGACGUUGUACUGCAGUAUCUCUCUUUAGAUCUUCAAAUUUGUCAUCAAAAGAACAUCGAUGAUUUGCAAACUGGGGUCGGAGAGAUGGCAGCAUUGCUGAGCCUGAUCAAAGCGAGCCAGAUCCAGGCUGAGAUUGGCAAAUGGCUCAAAUCCCCUGAUGUGGCUUCGACCUACAUAGAAAAUUGCCAGAAAAGGAACCAGGGAUCUGGACUAUGGCUCGUUAAGGGAGAAUCCUUCUCCAGGUGGCUAGCUGACUCAAAUUCUUUUCUCUGGCUGAGAGGUUUUGCAGGCUGCGGAAAGUCUGUUUUGUGUUCCACGGCUAUCCAACAUACCUUUCGUCACCGAAGAUCCAACCCACAUAUUGGAAUUGCAUUCUUCUUCUUUUCUUUCAACGAGCUCUCUAGGCAAGAUACAUCUGCUAUGCUUCGGGCUCUAGUGCUGCAGUUGUCAAGCCAACUGGACAGCUACAGGGUCCUUAAUGGCCUUCACGAGAGUUACAAAAACUCUCAGCCUCCAGAUCAGGCGCUAUUAGGUUGCCUCCGUCAGCUCAUCCACUCUUUCCAAGAUGUUCACAUUCUUAUUGAUGCACUUGAUGAAAGUCCCCGAGGAGAUCGACGUUUCGGUGUGCUUGAGGCCUUAGAGGAUCUUCGAUCUUGGAAAGAACCGGGACUACAUCUUAUGGUUACCAGUCGCGACGAACCUGACAUUCGUGAGGAACUUGAUAUACCCUCCGAUAGCAUUAUUGAAAUGAGAAACGAAUCAGUCGACAGUGAUAUUGCGGCCUACGUGUCCAUAACUCUCCGAAGUCAAAAACGUUUUCGAAAGUGGAAAGACUGCUUUGAUAAGGUCGAAGCGGCCCUUAUCUCGCGUGCUGAAGGGGUCUUCAGAUGGGUUGAGUGCCAACUCAAGACCCUAGAGACUUGCCCCGAGUGUGAAGAAAUGCUAGAUCAACUGCUGGAUUCCCUUCCUCCAUCACUCGAUGAGACAUAUAAGCGUAUGCUUAUGAACAUCGAACCUUACGUUGCGCCGUACGCUCAGCAAUUGUUGAGUAUUUUGUGCUUCUCCGAACGACCAUUGAAAAUUCCAGAGCUCAUCGAAGCAAUGACCGUGGAAUUGGGUCAGUCUCCAGAAUACAAAACGAAGCGUAAACUUCGAGAUACCAAUGCGCUCCACAAGAUUUGCCCUGGCUUAAUCGAGGUCGAUGAAACUGUACGCAUUGCCCACUUUUCAGUUCAAGAGUAUCUACAGUCGGAUCGUAUAUCUCGAUCCGAAGCUGCAUUUUACUCAAUGACCGCAACUACUGGUCAUGCACAGCUCAGUUGUAUUUGUCUCACAUAUAUGCUAUUCCACUCUGAGGACUUGGGAGACCUCGAGGGAUGGGACCGCGUCAUGGUUUUCGACCUUCCAUUUUCCAAGUACGCUGCAGAAAACUGGGUUUAUCAUUAUAUUAAGGGAGAUAAAAGCAAAUAUCCUGUUGAGGACCAGGUGGUUGAAUUUUUUAACGACAGUCGGGGCACGUUUGGUAUGUGGGUGGGCUUAGGUCCUGGAAGCCGCUCCUUUAAGAUAGGUUGCAGCGUAUGCCCGCUGUAUUAUGCCGCCAAGUUCGGCAUAAGAGCGGCUGUGGUCAGUCUCAUCAAAAAUGGGGCCGAUGUCAACGUUUUGGUCGAGGAUUUCGGUGGUCCCCUAAGCGCCGCCGUGGAAAGCGGCGAUUCGGAUGUUAUAAGGAUCCUAAUCGACAAUAAUGCCAAUGUCGAUGUUCGGAGUGAUAAGGUCUCAACUCCACUUUACCUUGCGGUGAGAAGUAACCGCGUGGAUAUUGCGAGGCAGCUCAUCGCUGCAAAGGCCGACGUCAACGCAGCAGGAGAUUCAAAAUAUUGGCUCCCGGGUCUGUCCCGUAGCCGAUCAAAUUUCAUCUUGCAUGAAGCAGUUGAGAUCGGGAAUAUGGAGAUUAUAAGGCUCCUGAUUGAUUACGCUGCCGAUGUCAAUAUCCAGGGCGAGGACGGGACUCCCCUUUUUAUUGCGACACGAAGGAACCGACAAGAUAUCGCGCGGCUGCUCAUCGCUGAGAAGGCAAAUAUUGAUGCAGGAGGUCCAUGGGGAGAAAGCCCCUUGUAUGAAGCUGCUCAAGCUGGCAACCUUGAAAUGGUGAGGCUCUUGCUUGAUCAUCAUGCCGAUGUCAAUUCCCCGGGCUGGUUGUUAAGCACGCCCUUAGGCGCCGCCUGUGCAAAGGGCCACCUCGAAAUUAAGAGAAAGCAAGCGCGAUAA